UCAGUGCGCACGCGCGGUUUCAGUUUACAGUACGAGCUUGCGAGGAGCGAGUCGAGACGAGUGCGUGCGACAUCCGAAGAGAAGUUUCGACGAUUUGCGUUCGGUCGAGGAUGCAAUCUAUCCGCGGCAGCCGGCGACACGUAGUUUGACAGCCGCGAUAGAGCGUAUCCUCGACUAUCCGGCCGUGAAGGAGCGAAUAUAUUUUCGCGAGCGCGAGAAAGAGAGAGCGAGCGAGAGCGAGUUAGGAAAGAGAGGGAGAGACAAACGGGCAAGGGAUAGAGCAUGCGACCGCGCCUCUACGACGUUACUCGGCGUGUCGAUGAGGAUGGGAAGUGCGCCGCCGCCGCUGACGACGACGACGACGAGGGACGAAAGUGAGACAGGGAUAACGUCGUUGCGGUACGUCGUGCGGUGCUGCAUCAUCAUCGCUUAGGAAUGGUAUCGCCGUCCAAGCACCAACAGCAGCAGCAGCAGCAGCAAGAUCAACAACACAGACAAACGUCGGGAGAGAAUAAAUCCGAUCCGCGGCGAACGUCACAUAUACGUAUACAAAAGGGGCUGAAGCCUUUGGAAAAGAAGUCGUUCUACUUGGACGUGAAGAACCAUGCCACCGCGACCAAGCUAGAGGCACAGAUCAGGAAGCUGGGCGGAACGAUCGAAUUGUUUCUAGUACGUGGUGUGAGUCUUGUAAUCAGCGAUAGAGUAGAUAAGACAGGUCAUACAAACUCUGAGAGGCAUAGAUGGACUUGCGCCAGUGGCGGCAGCGGCGGACCCCGUUCGCUGAAAAGCAUAGAAGUUCCCACGCCUACUCCUACACCCUCAACACCGUUGCUAAGUUCUGAAUGCCCCUCGUCCAACUACACCAAUCUACGGGGUCAAACUACCCAAAGAUCUAAAUCGCGAGUGGAUGCAAUGUUGGAACGUGCUCUGACGCAGCCACAACAGUGUUCCGUGGAUCCACUAGAUAACGCCCAUAAUUGGGGAAUUCCUAUCUGGGCGAUAGAAAAGCUUCAGGCUUGGCUUGACAAAAUUUAUGCUUCUUUCAAGGAUUCUUAUAACUUGAAGCAGCUGAAGCAAACCAAUCAGCAUAGCACCGAGAAAGAUUUCAAGGUCAAGCAUCUGAGAGGAUCGUACGUUAAAUUCGAAUCCUUUCAUAGAACUACUAGACCUGUAUUUCUGGAAUUAUCGUCGUGGCCAACGUUAAACUUCGACGGUGAUCCAGGUUCGUGUCCUUUUAACACAAAGAAGCAGGGAAAACGAGAGAGCAAAUUAACAAACAAAGAGAUUAAGGAGAAUAAGCAGGCUGUUGAAUCUACGAACAGGACCGAGGGUAAAGAAAUGACUCGGAGACCCCGUGCGAACGCUGCACGUACCCGCAGAACAGAACAGCUGGUCGCUGGUUACUGCGAAAUUUGUCAUAUUCAUUAUGACGAUCUGUCGAAACAUCUGCAAAGCGAACAGCAUUUGAACUUUGUAGCGAACGACGACAACUUCUUGUCGUUGGAUACGUUAAUCAACGCGGGCGCCAAUGUGGAGGCGUUCUUAAAAUUAAAUAGAAAGGAUAUCGAGAAAGACUGUGAUUGUUUCCCCAAUGGAGAUGGUAAUCUUCACAAUGUAGUACUGCCUGAGGAAAAGGUUAACAAAAACACCAAAACUUUAAGUGACUUUAGUGUCGACGAAAUAAAAAUGGUGAACGGUGCGCGUAGAAACCUUAAUUUAAAAUUAAACUCGCCGCAUAAUCUGCGUACUCGUGCGAAACACGAAAGCGGGCAUCUUCUCAGAUCCAAGGGUAGUCCUUGGCACGAAAUCGAUAAGAGUGAGAAGCUGUACGACAAGUUCGAAGGUUACACUAUCAAGAAACGUUCGAAAGGUACUAUUUGGAUCGAGGAAGAUGAUCCGGAUGAGAAGUACGCGGAGGAGGACAUUCUACGGAAGGAAUCAAAGCGGGAGGACUAUAAAAGGCCCUUCUCGAAUGAUAUCGAUGACGUUUUAAACGCUAAGGAAGAUAAUAUCAGUAGUAAGCAUAGUAAUCAUUUAGAUCCGCCAAACUUGCAGCCGGCGAUUGUACAUAACAAUACGCAAAACGGUAUUAUAAAUUCGCGUCGUAUAUCGGAAGAUUCGGAUUACCUCAAGAAUAAGGAUGAAUGUAACGGUGACGAAAACGCGUGCGCGUUGGAAUGUAUGAUAAGUGUAGAAAAUGGUGUAGUUGACAAUAGUUUUACUGGGAAUUACAAACCGUGCAACGACCCGCUUCAAAGGGACAAUUGCUCGUUGCAAGCGGAAAAAGUGACGACAGAAGUGAGAAAGUUGUCGGACGAUGCGAAGGAAUUGAUUUGCGAUGAAUAUAACAACGAUAAAAAUGAACAAAAGGACCUGAAAGCGUUGCAGGGAGAGAACAAUCGUUGCGCGAAGCCCAAGCAUCCUUCCCGUCUCAACCGAAGGGGCGGCAGAAGUAUCAGAGGUCGAUAUCGACAUCGACUGUCGGUGGAGGAACGUUUGAUCGAGGACAAUCGCGCGUAUUACAAGGUGGAAGUGUUGGGUAAUAAGCUGCGAUCGAGUGCAGUGACGGAUAGUGGCAAUUCGCAACAACACACGGUGUCAAAGGACGGCGACGGCGAGGAGAAGAAGGAAGCACCGUCGUCGAGCGAGAAGCCGGUGGUAGUGCGGUUUAAGCGCGUGAGAAAGUCAGAGUUGUCUUUGUUAAGCGACGAGGCGGAGUCCUUUAUGUUUGGCGAACCGAAACGAGACGACUCGACCGAAUCGCUCAGCGACAACGAGCAGAGUAGCGUGCUGCCGAAAGAUACGUCGGAGAACAGCGAAGUCAACGAAACUGCCAAUUCGUCCACGUUGCUGAGUUCGCCGUUGAAUUCCAGUCCAGUGAAACAGGAGAUUAUGGAGGAGGAUUCGCAGGACUCUGUGCACCUGGGUAGAGCGAGAAAAAGGAGACGUACGCAGGCGGAAGCGUUCAUCAAGGACAACACCGACUACUACAAGUUCGAGACGCCGGGCAGCAGAUUGAGGUACCAGGCUCCGUUGACCGGUAUCAAGGACGCCGCGUUUGCGGAUGGUAGGGAACACGCGGGGUUAAAGAAGUCGGCGCAACAAUCCAACGACUGCAAAGCACAGGUCGAAAAUGUAGCUGAGAUUUAUCCGUCCAAACCGUCAACGGAGAUUGAGAAGAUGCAAUUCUCCUUCGAGGCAAUACCCAAGUCCGAGCCGUGGUAUCAAACGUAUCAACGUCAGGAUAUGGGCGCUGAGUUUUGGCACUGCUUCAGCGAGUGCGACGCGAGGAAACCAUUUUUACUGCCAUACGAGAUUGAAAAUUUUCACGAAAUGCUGAUGAAGAUGCAGAGUAGAAUCGACUUAGGGGGUAGGAAAAGGGGUCGCGGACGUGGUAUAGGAUGCGUGGGACGUUCACCGAGAAAAAGUCCUCGUUGCCAUGCAUCCACACUGGCAAUCAUGUCCACCAUACUCCGCAAAAAGGAACAGCAGCAGUCGACCUUGCGUACGAGAGAAGAGUCGCCGCAAUUUGUUAGGUCGCGCACGAACACGCCGAAACCCGAGCAGAAGCAGGAUCUCAAGUCGGAUUUGAACGUGGAGCUGAAGGAGAUAGCCAAAACGAUCGACGAUAUGCUGAGCACGAAGGAUAUGAUAACGGAGCUGGAUUCGUUCACGCCCGACUUGGAUUUGGAGCAGGUCGACGGUAUCUGUGGGAUGCCGAAGGGCGCCCCAUCAAAUUUGUUGGAGCUGUUUGACAAUUGCCAAGACAUCACCAACUGUUUGGAGAACAACUCGUCAUGUGCCAGCUCCGAGUGCGGGGAGACGAAUACGGACACUCCAUUGAAACGAAGGAAACGAAGGAAAAACCGGACCGGGUGGCCGGUUGGUAACAAGAUGAAGAAGAAAGUACAAGCGAACAGCAAGGUGUCCGUGGACUGCGACCAUCGGGAAUCAUUGUUGGAGAAGAGGCUCUAUCCUGAUAAGAGUUUUGCUGGAAGUACGCUGAACACGUCCGGCAAAUUGUCGGAAGGGACCGAUUCUCACACGGUCACGACCACGAACAACAACAUCGUCCUGCCAACCGUCGUGGAACGGACAAACGUCAACCGGAAGAACGACGCUGACGCCUUGCUGGGGAUCUGUGCUACCAACGUGGAAGCUGUUGACGACAACACGAGCAGUUACGUGGAAUCGUUGUCCAUUUCGGAAAACGCGUGCGACACAACGAACAAGAGCUAUUUGUCGAGCAAGGAUUAUCCAUGUAGGAAGGACUUGUCGAGAAUCGAGGAGCUGUCGGAGAACGACGAGUCGGGCAACGACGAGAAUCACGAGAAUCAGAAGAGCCUGUUUGGCAGAAAAGACGUGAACGCGAUCACCGAGAGGAAUCUGGUUGUCAAGUCGUCGCCGGUUGUCAGGAAGCAACGGCAGCGCGACCACGUCGUCACCGUCGACAACAACAGUUGCGAGUCGCGAGACACGGAGAUCGAGAAUCGGGACAGCAUACAGCUGCAGCAGUGCAGGAAGGAGACGGAGACCGGUAUAGUUCCUAAGAAACACCACAACAACUCCAACUCUGAGCUGUCGUCGCCAAAGCGGCAGCUGCGAGGCGGCAACUGCGAGGAGAACUCGUCUGAGAACACGGGGGAAUUGUUGAAGCAACACGGUCGUCAGCACGGCAUCGUGUUCGCCACGACGAGGCGGGGCAGAAUGGGCUCGCGGAGGCGCAUCUAUUCCAGGAAACGUCAAUCGAAGACGGCGGUCGCCCACAACAAUCUGUCGUCGUCCGAUCAUCACGUCGGCAUGGUAUACGACGACGAGAAUUGUAAGAAGGACGGCUACCUGAGUAUCACGUCUACCUGUAACAAGAAGCAGUCAUCGGGUACUGGCGUGCGAAACGCCAAGCGCAAGAGCGAGGCCAUCUCGUCGUCGGACAGCAACGUUGUCCAGGACAACUCGUCCGACCUGAUGAUGGAUCAGUGCGCUUUGUCGGAGCGCGUCAUCAGUCUGUCCUCGAUAGCGUCCACCGAGUUGGAGCAACGUCGCUCGAGCAUGGAAUUCCAGCCGGUCGUGCGGAUGAUGAAACUCGACGAUCAGGUUGACGUGGAUCACGGGGUCCUGUCGACGGUGACGGUGGCGAGCAACCGGCGAUUGAGAAGUUCCGGUGGUUCCCCGAGAUCCAACAAACCCAAACCGCCGAGGAAGCGCAUCAAGUCCAGCCGAGGCCACUUUGGACGGUGGUUGAAGAGCAGCUGAAGAUAUAUAGAUUAGAGAAAGAGGAAGAGUACUUGGACUUGUUAGAUUUCUGUCGAAUGACGGUCGAUUUCUCGCGAUCCGAUAUUGUCCCGUUUGACGCGAUGUACAUUGUGUAUAAAAAUAUUAUUUGUGUACGUAGAGAAUAGUAUUUAACACGUCGCAUCAUAGUAUUCUCUA